GUUAUCAACGCGCCGACAAAAGACGAGUACAGCUUCCGUCGCCGGGAAUUGUAUUUUCUGUCUCCAGAUGAAGCCGCCUGCAUCGACAAUGUUUGGUUAGACAUUUGGAAGCGACGAAUUGUUCGCUGUUGGACUGACAGGGUGGUGCAGUUUGGAAUGCACGUAACCUCUGGUGUGGAAGGCUACCACGCCACGAUGAAGGGAUUGAUGGGCUCAUCCCGUGGGGACGUUUUGACUGUUCACAAUCGCAUGGAGCACUGGUGG